AAAUGUCCAGUGCUAUGCAAUUCAUGACGAAAUUUUCGCAACCGUAACGAAAUUAUCUUAUCGAAUUAAAACAACAGCAUUACAACAAUACUCUUUAUUAAUAACAAUUGUUGCUUAUCGAGUGACGUUUCGUUCGCACGCGUAAGAUCCGUCGAUACCUAUGUGUUGUAUGUUCAAUAAUAUUUAUUCAGUUGUAACAAAUCGUAGUUUUACGUCACUGUAAAUAAUUUGGCUGUGUUCCUCUGUUUGUUGACUCACAAUAACUUCAGAACUUGCGUUGGCAACAAGCUUUAGAGUGACCUUGAAAUCAACAGCUGUUUACUGCCAUGGAUUCCUUCUUCAGUCUGUUUGACCCUUCAGAGGGCAACCAGAAUAAACAGAAGAACAAAAAGAAGCACAAACCGGAACAGGAUACGGUUAAGAAAAAACCUGACGCGCCUAAAGGACGCAGAAGAGGCCGCAAAUCUAACGUGAAGAAUGAGACGCUCCCUGAAGAGUCGUCGUUCCUCUGCGAGCCGGAUCUCAGCACCGAUCUCCUAGUUAAGGAUGUUAGCUAUAUCGAGAACUUCAUAGAAGUUAAUAGGAAAGAUGAUGAUAACAAAAAUGAACUAGACAAGAAACCGAAACGCAGAAACUCAAGUCGCAAAUGCCGUAGAAAAAAGAACAAAAUAUCACCCUCUAAGGAUGUACCCACAACAGCUUGGAGUCACGAUGUUAACGAAAAUGAAACUAAAAACUGGAAUAACCAGUUAGCCGUUCAAAAAAUAUGCGACGAAAAUAUAGGAAAGAACGUUAAUGAUCUGAAGAACGUUAAUAACGCUAUUCGGAACGACAGUUCUUUGGAACGGUUUAAGGAUAGAGAGGUGUAUAACGUGAUUGAUAAGCUUGAAAAGGUUAUAUUGAAAGAUGACAUGUAUCUCGCUGGUGAUUUUGAUACGAAUGAUCUGGAAAAUGACAUUUUUUAUAGUUCUGAUGAUAUGGAGGAGUAUGUUGAUGAUUCAACAUCAGACCCCGAUGAUUCAGGGGACGAGGUAUACGGCAGUCUACCUCCAGAGCCCAGGUUCGGUAACGUGGAGUACAAACUACAACUAGUUUCGUUAUGCGAGAGGAGGUUUCAACAUUUAGUUACCCAGUUAAAAUGGCGUCUCCGCUCCGGCGGCGGUAGCGCAGUCUACGUCCUCGGAGUCCGCGACUGCGGCGCCCUCGUAGGGCUCCACGCGCGAGCCCUACGCGGCUCCCUCGUCUCCCUGCGCCGCAUGGCCCACGCGCUCGGCGCUACGCUAGCCCAUGUUACUGCUAGGAGAGUCGCCUCGCAUCGCGCUGUCGCUGAGGUCUAUGUUAGAAAGUUACCAGAUCCCAAACAGAGUGUUGAGCUAAGAGUGGCCGUGAUGGGAGCCAACGAGGCUGGCAAGUCUACGCUCAUUGGUGUACUUACUCAAGGAGAACUAGACAACGGUCGAGGCAGCGCUCGGCUGAACAUGUUCCGUCACUUGCACGAGGUCAAGUCAGGCAGAACGUCUUCACUCAGCCAUGAGAUACUAGGCUUUGAUGCGCAGGGCAACGUAGUAAACUACGGCUGUUCAGAACUGAUGACAGCAGAACGCAUCGGCGAGAGAAGUGCCAAACUAGUCUCGUUCCUAGACCUAGCGGGACACAGCAAGUACCAGAGGACUACACUGCACGGCCUCACCGGGUACUCCCCGCACUAUGCUAUGUUGGUGAUCUCAGCAACAGCCGGCAUAACGCCCAUCACAGAGGAACACAUAAGUCUGCUAUCAGCAUUAGAGUUGCCAUUCUUCGUGGUAAUCAGCAAGUGCGAGCUCGCCGCCUGCGCCGUGCGCGACCUCGUCGCAACGUUACAGCAUCUUCUUGGUACUGCUAAUAAGAAACCCUUACUCAUUACUGAUGAGAACUUAGCCAGAAACUGCGUGGCACCGCAGAAACUCAUCAUUGACUCCCUCGACGAUACCAAGGAACAAGUCGACGUGGAAUCAGAAAUAAUCCCAGUGUUUCCCGUAAGCUGCGUCAGAGGGAACGGCCUGAGCGCUCUACACGCGUACUUGUUAGCUCUGCGGCCGCCACAGACGCAAGCCGCGCAUAGACCUGACGACGAAACGUGCGAGUUCCAAAUAGACGAGAUAUUCCACGUGGGAGAUAACUCUGGACCGGUCGUUGGCGGAUUGUUGGCGAAAGGACAACUAUAUGAAGGAGACACUGUUAUUAUUGGACCUCUAGAAGACGGGUCCUUCACUCGCAGCCGGGUCCGUAGCAUCCACAGGAACCGAGCCCCCUGUGGGUCUGUCCGCGCCGGCCAGUGCGCCAGCGUGGGGCUGUCGGCCUGCGCCCCGCGCCCUGGACAUGUGUUACUCGCGCCUCCGCCCUCUGCGCCAUGUCCGCCCGCCUUCACUAACUGUCGACCGGGGGCUUGUAAGGCGAAACAAAUCCAAGAGAACUUAGCAGAACAGACGAAAAAUCGCAAAAACGUGCGCAGAAAAAACAAGAACCUUCUUCAAGACUUGAAGACAGCUGAAGAAUGUCUGACCAAAGACAUGGAUGAUAUCGAAACUAAUAUAUUUGAUGAUGAUGAUGAAGAUGAACAAAUUGAUGACGAGACGAAGAGACAAAUUGAUGAUGACUGUAUUUGUAACGAUAAGGUGAUCUUGGAAGACCCUAAUAAUCCGAGAGGGUGUAUUUAUUUUCAGGCGUCAGUACAAGUAUUAAGACACUCCACAGUGAUAUACCCUGGCUUCCAGUGCACUGUGCACGUCGGCAAUGUGAGGCAGACCGCUAUUAUUGAGGGUAUAAUGUCUCUACACAACGUGCUGCGCGCGGACGAGACCGCGUCAGUUCUGUUCCGCUUCGUGCGCUGUCCGGAGUACCUCGUGAGGGGGAGGCGACUACUCUUCACUGCCGGCCUGGGAACUAGGGGCAUCGGACGCAUCACUCAAGUAUUCCCAUAUGUACCUUGAACAAAACUUAAUCAAUUUCGGUCCAGCAUCUAUAUUUCUAUCAAAGAUUUACUAAUUUAGGAGUAGAUCUGUUUUUUUUUAAACUAAAUAGUUUUUUAAUUAGAAAAAUACACUUUUUUUGGUGUUUUGAAAGUGUAGGGAAAUAUUUAAAUAAUUCUUCGGUGUUUGACAAACUAUACUUUUUUAGUGAAAUUGUCGGCUAAGUAAAAUAAAGGAAGAUUUUUAAGUCAUUGUCGAAUGUCAAAUACUAUUAUUUUUUUCAUGAAAAUAAUAAUUAAAUUUUUCAAUUUCACUCAACUUCGAAAAAAAGAGGAGGUUCUCAUUUUUUUAUCUUUUUUAAAUAAUAAUAAGUAGCACAAAAUGGUUUUGGAUUUUUGUUUAAAUGAAUCGUUAAGUACUUAUUUAAAACUAAUAUAUAAUAAUAAGUAUUAUUUUAUCUAAUUUUAAAUAACACACGGUGAUUUCAAAAAUCUUCCUUUAGACAGAAAAAAACCUAUUUUUGGCUAACUAAAUAACUUGAUUAUUUAAUAAACUAUAAAUAAAUAUGACUGGAUAAAUAAAUUGUCUCGACAAAUUAUCAUCCGCCUAGCCAUUUCUUUGAAACCCAUCCUUGUAAUAUCAAAAGUAUUAAUACUAAUUUUGUAAAAAACUUACUCAGCGAAAUAGCUGACUAG